AUUCAAUUCUACACCGGACCCGAGAGAACUUCGGCAACUUUUGGAGGGGCCAAAAAAAAAAAAAAAAAAAGGAAGCCGACAAUUCCUUGCUCAAAGCUUUUAGUUAGCUAAUAUACAUAGUAACUGGAAUCUCGUCCUCGUCCACAAGCAGCCAAACUCGACCUCCAGGUAUUCCGGGGCCAGGUACGUUUUUGCCAUGGCCAAGGACAAGGUGCCCACAGUCGGCACGCUCGACAAGCCGGAGAACCUGCAGGAGCUGCUGAAGCAGGAUCGCGGCGACGAUUGCAUGCCGUGUAGAGUCGUAGGGGGCAGCGCGUUCCUGGGCCUGGCGGCGUACAGCUACUACUCGGGCCAGCGCGAGCUCGAGAAGAACGAGGCGCGCAUCCGAGCGAGCAAGUCCAUGUUCGGCCUCCGGAGCCGCCGGCUCGGUAUCGCGGCUACGUCUUUGGGCUUGGCUUGGUUGGGGGUUUGGAGGAUGUUUUAUUAG